CGGGACUGCAACUGUGUUGUCAAAUUUGUCAAAUAGAGACGAAAUAUUUUGGUAUUUUUUUAAUACGCUAGAGAGCAGCACUUGAUCAUGUGAUUAAGGCUGAAAGUUUUUCUCGUAGUCACCUGUCAUUGAAAAUAUUCUGUAAUUUUUUUAAAUUUAAAGAAAAGUGGUAACGAAUUUGACAAAAAAGAAAAACUAAGCUGAUACAAUGGCCCAGUUACGUACGAUUGUUGGAAAAACAUUUCUUUGGCUGUUCGUUGCCGUCUGUACGGUGUUGAUCUUCUACCAUGUCUUUACUGGCAAGGGUGAACGUGUCAGCGUUGGCUGGUUCUUGUCCGUAUCCUCGCCCUAUAUGUGGGCUUGUUUGGGCAUUGGAUUGGCUGUAGCCUUAUCUGUGGUCGGUGCUGCUUUGGGUAUACACACAACUGGUACCAGCAUAGUGGGUGGUGGUGUAAAGGCUCCUCGUAUCAAAACAAAGAAUUUAAUUUCCGUUAUCUUCUGCGAAGCCGUAGCCAUUUAUGGCCUCAUCACUGCCAUUGUUUUGUCCGGUUUGUUGGAAGCUUUCAAGAUGGAAACUGCCAUCAACAAUCAAACCGUAAUGAAUAACAAUUGGACUGCUGGUUACGUUAUGUUUGGAGCUGGUCUGGCCGUUGGCUUGGUUAACUUGUUCUGUGGUAUUGCUGUAGGUGUUGUUGGUUCCGGUGCCGCCUUGGCCGAUGCCGCCAAUUCAGCUCUCUUUGUGAAAAUCCUGAUUGUUGAGAUUUUCGGUUCCGCCAUUGGUCUCUUUGGUUUGAUUGUUGGUAUUUACAUGACCUCCAAGGUGAAGAUGGGUGACAAGGAGUAAAGUGUACUCUCUGGAGUUCCACCCAAAA